CCGCCUUUAUGCGGUUUUCACCUGGGCUGGGGCGUUGUGCAUUCCAUGAAAAGGGGUUGCCUGCUGCUCUCCCUAUAUCCGCCUCCUACCCCCAGGAUAUCUUCAUUCAUUCCCGAAUUGGAGUCCCCUGUGUGGGGGAGCCCUUGCCAUCCUGACCUCCAGAAGCCAUGCUGUUGGGAAUUUAAUCCUUGUAUUUUGAGAAUCCUGUCCCUCACGCAUCACCCCCAGCUGCCCUCCUUGUUUCCCCCUGCAGAGCCCAGUGAACAAACGGUCCAGCCCCGGCUCUUCAGUUCACAAGCCCCUGCCCUGCCGUGAUGGCCACUGGCACCACUGCCUACAGCCCGAUCUACCGGGUCCUGAUUCGGGUGUCUGAGACAUAUCCCAGAAUGGAGAGGAAGCUGCAAAAGUAUUUCCAGAAUCCAUACAAGUCUGGGGGAGGCAAGUGCAAGGUCAAAUUUGGUCCCACAGAAGACACUUUCUGGGUAGAGUUUUAUAAAAAACAAGCCAAAGAUGGUGUGAUAGCAAAGAAAGAUCACACUUUGGCAGUCAGUGAUACGUCAGAGGUGAACAUCUUCAUAGAAACAAGUGAAGACCCAGAAGAGAACAACACUUUGGAAGUAAGCCAGCUUUCCUCUCAGACUGAAUCACUCCCAAAGGAAUCUUCAGAUGAGAAGCUCCCAGAUGAAGGAGGUGAUCGUAGCUCUUCUAAGUCCUUCAUUCAAAAGCUAUUUCUCCAUGUGGAGGCCCAGCUGAACUUCAAGCUUUCUGAAGAACAAAGGGAGGCAAUUAUUAACCUCUGCCCAAAUCUCAAAAUAGAGGGAGGCCAUGAUGCACCUGAGAAAGUGAUUGGUGACUAUGAAGAUAUUGAAAAAAUGUAUCGAUUCUUAAGUGAGAAGAUGUUGACAAAUGACCAGAAAGAAGAUUUUUCCCACUCGGCCUCAGCAAGAGAAAUUGAGCACAGUAAGCCAAAUGGCCGCGACAGUCCCAUUCUUCAGUCAAACCCAGAUCAAGGAACAGAAGAAGAGGCAGACCUUAUCUCAAUUCCUUCACAUCUGUAUGAAUAUUUCAAAUAUUUCUUUGCUGAAACUCUGGACAAAAUAGAAAGUGAUCAUCAAGUACGUAUCAAAAGUACCCUGGCAUAUCCUACUGGCAAUGUGGUUAUAGAGUUUGAGACAAGUAAGCCAGGGGACAGAAAAGCAGCUCAAGAAGCUUUUACCACAGCAUUUCAGAGGGAAAUACAGAAUGUGACCCAUACCGAUGUUCACUUCCCAGAUGACCAGCUGGCACUCGAAGUUCAAGAAACACUGACUGAUGUGUUCCCAAACCUCCAUAUUAAAGCUGAAGAAAAAGGCUUAAUCCUCUGGGGAAACCCAAAGGAUAUUUCAGAAGCUCAACAUUUCAUUGAAGCCAACUUCUCCCGUGAACAACCUGUGAAAAUGAUGGGUUCCCAAAACAUGACAAAGUAUGAAAUUGAGAUUGACACUGCUCACUUGCGUCUUCUGCGCCAAGAAAUCACAGAAAUAGAAAAAACAUAUGACAUUGAAAUGCAACUGGUGAACAAACCCCAAACCCGAACAACCCUCAUUGUGUUUAAGCCAAAAGACAGAAGCUUAGACCUCUCUGCAAAUGCUUAUGAAGAUUUCAUUUAUGUCUUUCAGAUGCUCGUACCUCAGUUUAUCAAAGAGCUAGUGAUCCUGAAACCAUUAGACCAAGAGAGAAACCAUUGGCCUGAAAAGACAUUCUUUGAAGACUUUGACAGAAAGCACCCCCUUGUAAACUUUGAGUGGAAUGAACCAGAACUGACACUGACAGGUCUGCCCAAUAACCUUGAAGAAGCGAUAAAAUAUAUUCGGAGGUGUUUUAGUAUUGAAUUUCCUAUUCAGCAGAAUCAAGGCCCAGCUCUCCCUUUGGGAGGGAAUUGGAAUGGUGACCUCAAAUCCCCCUUGGACAAAAAUGAUGCUGCUGAUGAUUUCAAUAUGAAUUUAUCUCCCUUCAAAGGGUUGCCUAACUGGUGGGACUUGGGGAAAGAGAAGAAGAGAGAGGAAGAUGAAGACUGUGUCAUCUGUAUGGAAGUCAUUCGCCAGAAAGAAGUCCUCCCAAAGUGCAAGCAUGGGUUCUGUGGUCCCUGCAUCAGAGAGGCCAUGAAACAUAAGCCAGUGUGCCCUGUAUGCCAGACUUCCUAUGGCGUCAUGAAAGGGAAUCAGCCAGAUGGAACGAUGACGACCUCUUACAGAACCUCUUCACUUCCUGGUUAUAAUUCCUAUGGCACCAUUGUGAUUCAUUACGACAUGCGGGGAGGCAUACAGACAGAAGAGCAUCCCAACCCAGGAAAACGCUUUGAAGGAACAAGGCGGGUGGCGUACUUGCCAAAUAAUGAAGAAGGACGCCAGGUCUUGCACCUCCUCAGAAGAGCUUUUGACCAAAGGCUGAUUUUCACCAUAGGACAGUCCCGGACCUCAGGAGUCAAAGAUGUGAUCACUUGGAAUGAUAUUCACCACAAAACUCUGCAGUUCGGCGGGCCAGAAAACUUUGGUUACCCUGAUCCCAACUAUCUGCCACGAGUCAAGAUGGAGCUGAAGGCAAAAGGAAUCGAGUAAGAGUGCUGACUUCAAGGAUGCCUUGAGAGCUGGGUUUGCAAGAGCUGUAGCUGUGGACAGUAAUUAAAGAAACCAUUAAAAUAUGUGUGGGUUUAAGCAUCAUUUAGAGGAAAAGAAAAGCAUUUGAGAAGAAUUUAGUUUGUUUAGAGGUGAGUGGGAUGAACUGCUACAGCUAACCUGUCUAAUUUCUUGGAGUGUUUUACUUUCUAUUAAACAAGACCCAAAGUGUAUCUCUCAGUGCUUUACUUCCUGUCUCCAUUUUGCUGUCACCGGGAAUGCUGGACUUAAGGAAUCUUCUAUUGUACCACCUGCACAUGGUGAUGACUGAGCCUCAGGCCCAUUCACAUUAUUUGUCGUCAGCUGUUAGUGGCCUCAGAACUAACCAGUGCUAGCUCCCUUCUAAUUGACAUGGUAGCCAGGAACAUUGAAAAGAUUGGAAGACAUCUUAAAGACGAUGAUAAUCUUCAGAUACUUACAUGAGUCCUUCAGAAAGAAACUAUCCAUCCUUGGGUCCCUGGAAAAUUUGAUGUAAAUUGAACCAUGGAGAAAGAUAUUUCUGUCUUCAGUCAACAGUGACUUCCAAUCACUUUCUGGGACAAAUAGAAAAGCCUCUGUUUGGCAUUCAAAGCCCUUCAUAACUUUGCUUCUCCCUUUCCUUCCCCACUCUGGACUCUGUGAUUCUGUGAUUGUGGCCUCCUUGGUGUUCCCUGUACAAGAAUCUCCAUCUCAUCAGACUGUGCAUUUUCACUGGAUAUUCCCCAUGCCUGGAAUUCUUUUCCUCCACAUUUCUACCUACUGAUUUUCCUGACUUCCUUCAAGUCCUACCUAAAAUCCCACCUUCUACACGAAGUUUUUUCCAAACCCCCUUUUACUAGUGCUUUUGCUCUGUGGAUUAUCUAUGAUUUAUCCUAUAUGAAACUUGUUUGUACAGAGUUGUUUGUCUGCCCCAUUAGAUUAUGAGCUACUUGAGAGUAGAGACUGUCUUUUGUCUUUUUUUUGUAUCCCCAGUACUUAGCACAAUGCUUACCAUAUUAUAGGCACUUAAUAAAUACUGAUUGACUAACUGACUCAUUAUGGGUAGGUUCAUUAACUUGUCUGGGUAUCAGAAUUUCCAAAUUAAUAGACAACUGCUGUAGGCUUGUGUGCUGUUCUGCUUCUCAGCAUUCUUAACUCACCUUUUGGUGUGCACUUUGUGGCAAUGGCUGUUUGUCUAGUCUUAGUGAGACCACAUUCAUACCCAAAUAUUUUCUGACUUUUAACCUCCUCAAUGUGGUCUGCUCAAUUUCCAUUGUUCUAGUUGAACUCAAAAGUGUAGUUGUAGGGCAGUAGAUGAAAUGCUCCUUUAUCUCUAAAUGUGUUCACUUUUUGUAUUUGCUACAAAACCUAAGCAGAAAUAUUCAUGAAGAGCUUAAAUAGGGGAUCCUAUGGCAUUGCUUGGAGAAUGAACAAAAAUCUUUGACACAGAUGAUCUACCUUUCACAGGCAGAAACAGUUUGUGAUAAUGCAAAGCCCUAGUGCACCAGGGCAGAAAGUUAAGUAUUGGAUCUCAAAUGAUCUUUAGUUGGUUCUUCUCUAAAUAAUUAAAUCAUCUGAAUCUAGCUCUAUGUUUAUCUUAGUGGAGUAAUGAUUUAAUUGCUGUGUGCUUUAAAUAAAGUGAAAAUUGUGUAAUGAUCAGGAAAAAUUAGUUAUGGUCUGUCAAGAAUUUAUUAAAUACUUAUGUGUUUGAUGUUUUUUUGCAAUACCUCUGUGGCCUAAAUUGACAUGUUCAAUUUUUGAAGAAGUUCUAUGAAAAAGUUCUACUAUGCUUGUGCUACUUUGAAAUGUGUAUAUUGUAUUGCAGUCCCAUUUAGAAGAUGCUAGAAGUCUUUCUGAUCUAGUUACUCCAACAGUUUGUUCAGUUCCUUGUUUUCCUUUGUGUUGAUAUCUCUAUUAAAAUCAUUCCAAACUGA